UCGUCGCAUAUCUACUCAGUAGCGAUGUGUUGUAAUUAAAAUGAGAGCCUCGUCUCAUUUAGUAAUUGUUAUCAAUGUUUCAAUAUUGACCAACAAAAUAGUAAAAUUGUGUUCACAAUCCUUGGAGGUGGAAGCGUUGUUUUCCGCGGAGUCACACAGUACCGCGUGGAACGUCUAUCAGAACGCAUCGCUCUGUGGACGAGCGCGCGUUGUCACCGUCCCUACUUCCCGCCAAGUAGAUACCCCAUAGCAACAACCAUAAACAAUAGUGCAACCUGUUUACUGGAUUGUGUGUGAUGUUUGUGUUUUAAUUUUUUUUUUAAUUGGAUAAAAGUUAAAAAUCAAGAUGACUGCCGGAUCGGAAGAACACGAGCCUCUAAUUACCUCCUCUGUGGAUCAACAGCGGGUCACCUAUAAUAAUUCUCCGCAGGAUGGUAACUCCCCAAGUGGCAGUCCUCGUAUCAGUGGUGGAGAAGUGACCCUCGCUAUACCUCAAAACAGGAGCUAUGGCGCGAUCGGAGGCGUCGAGAAGGUCACCUACACUUGGGCGGACAUUAACGCGUUCGCCACUGAAACCAGAUCUAGGAACAAGAGGAUCUGGAACUUCUGGAGGAACUCGUCGGAUCGAAUGUUCCAGCAGAGGAAGCAGUUGUUGAAAAAUGUAAAUGGCGCAGCGUACCCCGGAGAGCUUCUAGCGAUAAUGGGUUCAUCAGGAGCUGGAAAGACCACGCUCCUCAACACGCUGACCUUCAGAACUCCUAGCGGUGUUGUCUCUAGUGGUACGAGAGCGCUGAACGGCCAGCCAGCUACACCUGAAGCGCUGACAGCGCUGUCGGCGUAUGUACAACAGCAGGAUCUGUUCAUCGGCACUCUGACUGUGAAGGAACAUUUGAUAUUCCAGGCUUUGGUACGGAUGGAUCGGCACAUACCUUACGCACAGCGCAUGCGCCGUGUUCAAGAAGUUAUAACAGAGUUGGCGCUAUCAAAAUGCCAGAACACAGUGAUAGGUAUCACAGGGCGGCUCAAGGGCAUAUCAGGUGGUGAGAUGAAGAGGCUCUCGUUCGCCAGUGAGGUGCUGACAGAUCCUCCGCUCAUGUUCUGCGACGAACCCACCUCUGGACUCGACUCGUUUAUGGCACAGAAUGUUAUACAGGUGUUAAGCGGUCUCGCAAAGAAAGGCAAGACGGUAAUAUGCACGAUACACCAGCCUUCAUCAGAAUUAUACGCAAUGUUCGACAAGCUCCUCAUCAUGGCGGACGGAAGAGUUGCUUUCCUUGGCUCACCUGAUCAAGCUACGGACUUCUUUAGAGAGUUAGGAGCCGCAUGUCCCGCGAACUACAACCCGGCGGACCACUACAUCCAGCUGCUGGCGGGCGUGCCGGGCCGCGAGGAGAGCACGCGGCACACCAUCGACACCGUGUGCACCGCCUUCGCCAAGUCCGAGAUCGGCUGCAAGAUCGCGGCUGAGGCGGAGAACGCGCUCUUCAAUGAGCGCAAGAUAUCAAAAGGCUGGGCGGACUCAGCGUGGUCGAACGCAGCCGCGUUCCGCCAACGUCGCUCGCCGUACAAGGCGUCGUGGUGCGCGCAGUUCCGCGCCGUGCUGUGGCGCUCCUGGCUCUCGGUUACCAAGGAGCCCAUGCUGAUCAAAGUGCGAUUCUUGCAGACUGUUAUGGUUUCAAUUCUAAUUGGUUUGAUAUAUUUCGGGCAAAAUCUGGACCAAGAUGGCGUCAUGAACAUCAACGGUGCUAUCUUCCUCUUCCUCACAAACAUGACUUUCCAGAACAUUUUUGCCGUCAUCAAUGUAUUUUGCUCCGAGCUACCAAUAUUCAUCCGCGAGCACCACUCGGGGAUGUACCGCGCGGACGUGUACUUCCUCUCGAAGACGCUCGCCGAGGCGCCCGUGUUCGCGACCAUACCGCUCGUCUUCACCACUGUGGCGUACUACAUGAUCGGGCUCAACCCAGCACCGGAGAGAUUCUUUAUCGCGUCGGGAUUGGCUGCGCUGAUUACUAAUGUGGCUACUUCGUUUGGUUACCUAAUAUCGUGUGCCAGCAGCAGUGUGAGCAUGGCGGCGUCCGUCGGCCCGCCCAUCAUCAUCCCCUUCAUGUUGUUCGGUGGUUUCUUCCUAAAUUCUGGUUCGGUGCCUCCAUACCUAGGCUGGAUAUCGUACCUUUCCUGGUUCCGCUACGGCAAUGAAGCCUUGCUGGUGAACCAAUGGACCGGUAUCGAGAGCAUCGCCUGCACAAGGGAAAACUUCACCUGCCCUGCUUCAGGGAAGGUGGUUCUGGACACACUGAGCUUCUCGGAGGAUGAUUUCAACAUGGACGUGAUAAACAUGGUGCUGCUGUUCAUAGGAUUCAGAUUCCUCGCGUACCUCGCACUUUUGUGGCGCACGCGCAGAGGGAAAUAAUUUCAAACGAUUAUCAAUUUGAUCCGAUUUAUCUGAAUUAAAUUUAUAAAUCAUGAUUGCGAAUUUUUAAAUUAAUAUCGGAUUAAUAGUUAAAUUGAAUAAGUCGAAAAAAAUAAAUGUCAAUUCCUUCUGGAAAUUACGAAUUUAUUUUUUUUAUACAGAAUGUGGACCAAUGUAAUGAUAAGUUCUGUAUCGUACGUCUGUGUGUAUGAUGACAUGUUUCUUUCAAUAUUUUUUUGUGAAAGAAAAAUUUGUAAAAAUAUGUUUCUUUGCAUGCACUCGAAUGAAUUUUUAUAAUAAUCUUAAUAAUGUUUUGAAUUUUUAUAAGGAACGAUUUCUAUAAUAACAAUUAUUAUUAAAAUAAUUGGUUUAAUUCUGAAAAUAAGAAUUAAUAAUAAAUUAUUAACACGAAAUUUUAAAUUGAUUUGUGAAUCAAUGUUUCAAGCGCAUUACUUUUUGUACUGUAUUUUUGUUAUAAUUAAUGUUUUCUAUUCUCUGUACAAACACCUAAUAUUGAUUUCUGUAUAAACCUAGUGUUUAUUAAGUUUUUAUAGAUAGGUAAGUGUAUAUUGCUUGCAACGAAUGAGUAAUUCGAGCGUCUUUAAAUAAUUACUGUUUAUUCCUUACUAUAAAUAAAAUACAUUCCUGCAAUGCCAUUUUAUACUGUUUUAGUUUGUUAUUAUUUUAAUAAAAUAUUUUAAUAUGA